UAGGUAUGAAAAACGUGCUUUACUCUACUCAAAUUAAGUAAUAGGUAAUGUACGUUGUAAUCAAAUAAUUAAGUUAUUGCAUUAUUUUUGUUAUUUACACGAUAAAAAUAGGAAAUAGUACCUAUAAAUAUUGAUUUUUUAUAACAUAAGAUUAUCAUUCGAAUUUAAGUACCAACAAGAUGAGGACUUCACGUAUUUGUUUAAUCUUAAUAUCGACGUUGGUAGUACAGAUUUCAUCUGAAACCACUGAAACUACAUUAAGUAAAUUAACAGACAAGAUUAUGAGAUCUACGAUCAAUAUUGCAGCAAAACCUAUCGGAAAUUUAGUACAUGAAGUACAAGAUUCAAAUCCAGAAAUAACUCAAUACUUGAAAGACUUUACGCGCAAAGUAAAGCGAACUUUGGAACAAACCCAACAGAACGGGCGAGUUGAAGAAAAGUUUGCGUUCGGAAAGGAGUUUGGAUCGUCAAAGUGUAUACAUAAACAAUGUUUGGACUGCAAUAAGUCAGCUAUUAUAAAUCUACUUGUCUCUAGUAUAUACGAGUACCUACAUACGUAUCGUUUUAGACUGUUGGUUGUGCCUGACGUUCAAAUCGAAAGACUAAACUAUCGUAAAUAACUGUUGCGCGUCAAUCAAAUGAGCAGCAGACGAACAGUGCAGAAUAUUAUACAAUCGUAGAUUCACGGAAGCGUUAAUGAUUCCGUAUUGAAAAUGAUACGGUGGGCUAAAACUGUCGAUCGCAUAAAAACAUAUUAUAAUAUUAAAUCAUGUAUGAUAAAUAACGACUGAUCACAAAAACUCCGUUGUAGUAGUAAAAUAUGGUCCGAAAAAAUAAUAACCAUAAUCAUAAUAAUAUAAUAUAGGCAUUGUCGGUUGUUUUUGGCUGGUCUAAUGAAGUGAUGUCUGAUCCACUUGAUUGUGAACGAUUAUUAU